AGAGGGAGUACCAAUCAAAAGACCAAAGAAAGGGAGAAAAUAAUACAGAACACCCCUUCAAGAUGGCGCAGAUCCCUCAGGUGUGGCACACCAAGGUGAUGCCCCAGGAAGAGAAUGUGGACCUGAACAAAAUGGUUGCUUUUGGUAGCCAACCCGAGUGCUCCAUCUGCUACAACACCUACGACAAUGUCUUCAAGACGCCCAAGCUGCUGGAGUGCACCCACACCUUCUGCCUUGAGUGCCUAUCGCGCCUCAUGGCCAUUUCGCUAGGAGAGCAGGAAGGAAGCGGCAGCAGCAAGAUCCCUUGUCCAUUCUGCCGCCACCCUACCCUCCUAACCGAGGAGGGUCCGCCUGCCCUGGCCACCAGCCAGGAGGUACUGUGUAAACUGCCCAGCCACCAGCAGCACGAGGAACCUGUGUGGCUGGAUGGGGAGAAGCUGUGCUACAAGCGGCCACUGGAGGCCGACCCCGGAACAUCCAGCUCCACCUCGGCCUUCUGCAUCUGCAUCGACAUCGGGGCCAGCAAGGCAGACGAGGUCCCUGCUCAGACGCGGCCCCAGCACAUGGGCUUCCUGGAGCGGCUGAACAACUGGAAGUGGCUGCUGCUUUUCAUCGUGUUGAUGGUGCUGCUGGUGAUCAUGGUGCUGUGGCCCCUGCAGUGCAUUGUCACCACGGGCAAUAUGCGCUGCAUGCCACGCUCCGUGGGCUCAGUACACGGCUUCACCACCACCGCCACUACCCCAUUCGCCAGGAUACACCGUCUCACAAAGGAUGCCUUUAAUUAAAACACAUGUAUGUAGUAGGCCGGAUACCUGGUUCACAAGCCCACAGAUCCCCAGAGUGCUCAUUGAAAAGCACAAGGCCAUGUGGUUAAGGCCCACGACUGAAUCAAAGAAGACUAAAUAUAGCACUCAAUGGUGAGAGACUCUGCACACUCCAUCCCAAUUGUUUUAACAAUUGAUAAUGGCGUGCUCAGCGUCAUUAUUCUGACAAGAAAGUUACAAAUAACAUUCCUAUUGAAAUUCAUACAUUAAUUCCAA